AUGUACACGUACACCUGUCCACCAGGACCUCACACCACGGCACCAGAUCCACGGAGGAUCACCUCCACUUCACAGCUUCUGUUCGUACAUCACGAAACUCGCCGAACACGCUCACGGGACGCAUUAACAAUCUUCGAGGCCAACGUUGUAAGAUCGGCCCGACGUGAGACAUCCGCUAAACGCUCCACUCGUCCCUACAGAAACUUAACCUCCAUUCUGGAGCUUACAAACAAUUCUUUCUUUGUCGUUCUGACGUCUAAAAAUACUCCGUCGGGAGGGAGUGAAUUAGGAGACGCGGCAGUGGAGUCGCCUUCACGAGACAGUGUAGAAGUAGGCUCCAGAGCCUCAUCAGAGACUCUCAUGAAUAAUCCACAGACAUUAGCAACAGCGACAGCACACGGCCAGGACCCUCAGCUGACAGCUGUAACCGGAGCCCACCAUUAUAUUAUUACGCGAACAGCCGCUACCACUACGCGGGAGCUUGCCGCAGCACCGCCAGAAUACCGCACCCGCAACCCACUCAGUGACGCAGAAAAUGCAAUCUUACAGGAGAGAGAAAGUUCGUUGGUAAGUCGCCAGGGGAUCGUCAUCCCUGAUCUUAUGAACGCACCUUCAUCACCAAACCAACUGGAGAUCUUCCCUCCAGAGAACUCAGCGUUACACAGCCAUGAAUAUCAAGCAACUGGCAAGACAUUAGCAGCUCCUCUAGUACUCCCUUCGUUUCAGGACACAACACCAGUCCUCCUUCAGCAUGUAGAUCCUCCUAGUAGUGUCAACACCCCAUCUACCACAACCACCACUCUGGAACCUCAGAAUCAAAUUCCCUUCUCUCAGGACUUGCAGACUUCCAGUUCGGUAUCUGGAAGUAGCGAAGCGAGUGUAUACGUGCGCACUAAUGAUGAGGGAACUGGUUUAAUUGAUAGUAGUAAACAGGUGGAUCUAUUUCCGCCAAAUACACAACCCACACCUGUUGAAACUACCUUAAUGACCAUCGCAUCGACUAAACUUGUUGAUUCAGCUCAGAAUACAAGUCAACUCUCCUUACACUCGCUAACCGGGAGCUCUACUACAACUUCAGCCUUGGAUAUCAACACGAAUAUGGACAUCAAUGACACCUCUAUACAUCUAGCGUUAGCAGUAACAGGAGAAACAGAACAGAAAGUGGGCAUAACAACAGACCCCAUUGUCGCUCCUUUAAAGCCUCUCUCUGAUGAGCACAUAAAACUCAGCCCAGUGGGAACUAAUAAUACAAAACUAACAAACUCUCACAAGGGCUUUCGAGAUAAUCACACUGACGACAAUUUAAUACCAGACCCACACGCUGCGGCAGCUAUUGCCCAUAACGUGGGCCCAGAGCUAGGGGAAGCCCAUGCUGGCAGUCCCAGAGGACAAGUAAGGGGCCAGUCCGUAGGAGAGGAAAAAAAUAAUGGAGAGAAAGCAGAUAACUUUGAUAUAAAGUAUGGAAAUAAGCAAGAAUAUCAGUCUGAGGAGACAGCGAAGUACAAGAUGCAAGAGGGUCGUGAAGAACAAUCACAGGCUGAUAAACCUUUGGCUAAAGGAGUUCCUAUACCCUUUGAAGCCCUGAUGAACCAGGAACAGAGGGUCGGAUCCACCGACUUCCGUCAGGACCUUGAAGGGAACGAGGGAGAUCGUAACCUUAAAAUAUCUCCCGGCCAUAAAGAAAGUCUCCAAGGGAAAAGAGAUAAGUUUGAGAGUAGAGAGACUGACAACGAUGACGCCAACUUGGCUGCCUUCAAGUUCUUGACUUUCCAUCAGGAAAAUCGCCAUCAAACUGCAGAGUUCUCAGCUUUGAGGACUGUUCAAAGCGACGAAGCUGAUGGAAGUGUUAGAGGAGCUAUAAGGAAAGUCUCGACCAGAGUGGACCAUGAAGCACUGUGGGAAGCUGAACGCCCACCUAACGAAGCUAAGGCAAGAACCGGGCUGUAUAAAUCAACACAUGGACAUAGCGUUCAAGAUACACAGAUGAACAAGAAGUAUACCGAAGAACAGCAGCGUGACGAAGAACAAAACCACGAAGGCAGUGAGAACAAGGACACCAGCGCAGCAGGAAUACAAAGUGCCACUGGAUACAACACUAAGCCUGACGUGCCUGCAUUACACACCCUGACCACAUCCCUUCACACCAAGGCUCCCUCCCACCCUCUUGAUGUGGCCCCUCACUCUCUUUCCCAAGUGGAAAGACACACUGAAAGCACACAGGAACCCCGGGAAGGAUUACCUCGAAAGGAGGGUCAAAUCCUCGUGAUUUUCCCCUCACGAGGGGAAUAUAUUCCCCAGGAUGGAAAAGAUAAGAGAGGAUACACAACACAAGGACGUGGUACAACAGACAGUGAUACUUCUGUUGUAGGUGCUGUGUACGGUUCUAUUUUACGAGAUGAACCAGCUGUUUUUUCCGUUGAAGAUAGUGUUGCUGUCGGAGAUGGUGGUGGUGGUUCUGCUGUCAGAGAUGAUGCUGGGAGUUCUGCUGUCAGAGAAGGUGAUGCUGGGAGUUCUGCUGUCAGAGAUGAUGCUGGGAGUUCUGCUGUCAGAGAUGAUGCUGGGAGUUCUGCUGUCAGAGAUGAUGCUGGGAGUUCUGCUGUCAGAGAUGAUGCUGGGAGUUCUGCUGUCAGAGAUGAUGCUGGGAGUCCUGCUGUCAGAGAAGAUGAUGCUGGGAGUUCUGCUGUCAGAGAUGAUGUUGGGAGUUCUGCUGUCAGAGAAGAUGAUGCUGGGAGUUCUGCUGUCAGAGAAGGUGAUGCUGGGAGUUCUGCUGUCAGAGAAGAUGAUGCUGGGAGUUCUGCUGUCAGAGAAGAUGAUGCUGGGAGUUCUGCUGUCAGAGAAGAUGCUGGGAGUUCUGCUGUCAGAGAGGAUGAUGCUGGGAGUUCUGCUGUCAGAGAGGAUGAUGCUGGGAGUUCUGCUGUCAGAGAGGAUGAUGCUGGGAGUUCUUCUGUCAGAGAGGAUGAUGCUGGGAGUUCUGCUGUCAGAAAGGAUGAUGCUGGGAGUUCUGCUGUCAGAGAGGAUGAUGCUGGGAGUUCUGCUGUCAGAGAGGAUGAUGUUGGGAGCUCUGCUGUCAGAGAGGAUGAUGCUGGGAGUUCUGCUGUCAGAGAAGAUGAUGCUGGGAGUUCUGCUGUCAGAGAAGAUGAUGCUGGGAGUUCUGCUGUCAGAGAGGAUGAUGCUGGGAGUUCUGCUGUCAGAGAGGAUGAUGCUGGGAGUUCUGCUGUCAGAGAGGAUGAUGCUGGGAGUUCUGCUGUCAGAGAGGAUGAUGCUGGGAGUUCUGCUGUGGGCAGAGAUGCUGAAGCUACUUCUGCUGUCUGGGGAGACAGUUCACCUCCCUGGAGAGACGUCGGAGAGACGUCUUCACAGCAAGCUGGUGAAAGCGACAGCUUAAUGGCUCCUCGGCACACGUCACUUUCUAGGACGUCAGAACGCAGCGAGGUAAAUAUUGAUCAGGGGGCGCCGCCCCACCUACUCUCACGCCCCCUAGCGCCUCCCAAGACACAAUCAACCUACAAAGACGCUAGAAGCGAAGUUCACCUUAUUACCUCCGAUAUGAUGUCCGGAAAUCAAAAACAAUUAACAGACCAACUGAUGCUAUCAGAAUCAUCUCCAGCGUCUCCCAGCAUCCACGAACAGUUAACAGACCAACUGAUGCUAUCAGAAUCAUCUCCAGCGUCUCCCAGCAUCCACGAACAGUUAACAGACCAACUGAUGCUAUCAGAAUCAUCUCCAGCGUCUCCUAGCAUCCACGAACAGUUAACAGACCAACUGAUGCUAUCAGAAUCAUCUCCAGCGUCUUCCAGCAUCCACAAACAGUUAACAGGCCAACUGAUGCUAUCAGAAUCAUCUCCAGCGUCUUCCAGCAUCCACAAACAGUUAACAGGCCAACUGAUGCUCUCAGAAUCAUUUCCAGCGUCUCCCAGCAUCCACGAACAGUUAACAGAUCAACUGAUGCUCUCAGAAUCAUCUCCAGCGUCUCCCAGCAUCCGAGAGGAUGAGAAGGUUGAGAGAACCGACAGUAAAAACUCCUUCAACUACGAAAGUUUACGGUCAGUUGAAGCGGCACCGUUCUCAGAUAACGUAACACCUUCGGAUGCCCAUGUUCGUAAUACAAAUUCUUACGAAGGUGUUGGUGGAGCACUGGCUCUUCCUGUUAUUGGAGAUAUCUCGCUGCAAAGAAGACCAUCCUCGGUGAAAGACCAACCUGCCAGUGUUGGAAUUACUGGUAUUAAGGGAAUUGGAAUCAACGACUUGACAGACAAAGAUCAAAGAAAUAAAAUGGGGGACGGAAUUUCUUCUCCCCCGAGCAACCAAACUGGAGAAAUUGCCACCAAAGGUCUGGUUGCCCCAACCACACAUAUCAACCACAACGUUAACUCGCCACACGAGUAUAAACGCCAGGAAAGUAUCGAAUCUCUGAGAAAGCAAUCAGCUCCAGGGUCUGGGGAAGCAUCCAGCGGACCGGGUUACAACGAGCGUAAGGAAUCGAGUAUCGAUACCACGAGAUCUGAAGCCAACCAAGAAUACUCUUUCCUUUCAAGAAGCAAUCAAGUGGUAGCUGAUCCCAAUCACAAGUCCGUCCACGCUCAGGUCAGCCCAGGGGAUCCUACUGAAGAAAAUAGAGAGGAUCUAAACCCCUCCCUAUCGAUCUUGAGUGCCGGUGAAUCGGACGUGGAGAGCAAUACAGGUUCAGAUGAGUACGAUUAUGAAUACGACACUAUGGGUUUCUUUGAGUACGAUCUGCCUAAUGAGGACACUGAUUAUGAAGAGAAUAACAAUAACAAAGGUUUAAAAGUGGGAGGGAAAGAUCCUUCCAGGAACAAGGGUAUUGACGAGGACGGGAAGGAUCUCAAGAGGAUUCCAGGAAGUUCACUGGAUCGUCCUCUGGAAGACUCAUUACUGGACGAGGAGAACGACACCGGAGCCUCAGGGAGAGACCAAACGACCCGUCGUCCCAGCUCACAAGUGAUAGAGACCGUAUUGUCGCCGCCACGCUGGAAUUUUACAGAUCCAGGUGAGACCAGAGGUGGAGACGAGGUUGCUGGAAGACCAGCAAGCAGUGAGGGAGCUGUCCAUAACAGCAGCUCUGCUGACAGCAGCAGCAGCAGGGGUCCUGCUGGCUCACACCCCAGUCUUAUGCCCCAUCGCGAACUAUCGCAAUCCCCGGAUUCUCCAUGCAAAUGCUCAUGUCAGUGCGAUGGAGGUGAGAAUCCCACCGUAGCACCAGGGCGUGUUGAAGCAAAUCUCAAUUCUUGGGCUGGUGUGGGUGGGGUGGGCGAAGGGGGCGGCCCACCCACUUCCCCAGACCAGGAACCCACCCACCCACACCGUCACCACCACUCAGGAACAAGAAAUACCUUACACACCCACCCCAACAGACAUUAUCCUGAAGGUGGUGACGGGAGGCCAGUAAACGAUUCUUCAGCAUUGACUACCCACAAACCCACACCAGCACUGCACGACCACUUUCUUGACAUCAAACCCACACCAACAUUAGACGACCACCUAACUGCUACCCACCAACCCACACCAGCAUUAGACGACCACCUAAUUGCUACCCACCAACCCACACCAGCAUUAGACGACCACCUAAUUCCUACCAACAAACCCACACCAGCACUAGAAGAACACACUAUCCUAGUGCUUGAGGCACCUAGAGAGGAUGGUAAAAAAGUUACUGGUGGUGACCUGGCUGGUGACACUGACGCACCUGGUGUUGUAGUUAUCAAAAAAUACAGCUAUACGUUAGUGAACGCCCCGGAAGUGACGCACGUCGUAGCGGCUCCUGACGCAGUGUUCUCCGGCUCUACAAGACCUACUCUACAACCCACCAGCGUCGCUGGUAGCGUAGACGCUACCAAGAUCCACGCUACCCUGAUCUUAGACUCACAAGGUGGGAUGACCAUGAGACGACCCCAGCAGGUGGCGCCUCCUGACGGUGCGUCAUUCUCCGCACUGGCACUGGGAGAGGAGAAGGCUUUUACUCUUACUCCCUAUGGCUAUUGGAAUAUCCAUCUCACCCUCAACGACCUCACUGAUCUAAAGAUCUCCCUCACUAUUCCAAGGGGCACUUCCCUAGGCCUAUACGCCCGCAGGAGCGCCCUGCCUACCCAUACCCAGCACGAUAUAAUGAAGAUCCUUCGGGGCACCAGACAGCGUGACGUAAGGGCAUCUCCGAACAUGGUGGAGGUGUGGGUGGAGGAGGUCCUGGAGGCUGGAGAGUGGUUCCUCUCUCUCUAUAACGACGAUGGAGAGCCUCACCAGGUUGCUCUGGUGAUCACUAGAGGGCCAGGAGAGGGCGAGUGCCCACAGAGGUGCGAGGAACGGGGGCACUGUAUCCUAGGAAGGUGCCAAUGUGAACCAGGCUACAGUGGUAUAGAUUGCUCACAAGGUUGGUACCUUCGGUCUUUUGUUUUGGUCUUGGGACCACAGUCACUGACAACAACCAUCCUGGAAGUUACACCCUCCUGCCCAUGUGUAGAAAGUGAAGCACCAGCAGUGAAGCACCAGCAGGAAGCACCACAGCGGGACAGUGAAGCACCAGCAGGCAGCAGUGAAGUACUAACAGGCAGCAGUGAAGAAACUAGCGGGCAGCAGUGA